AUUAAACAAAAAAUCUAAGUCGUUGGUGCCCGAAAAACUUUAUUAUUGAAGGUUUUGUUUCUGAAUCGUAUGAAUAGUAACAAAUUUUGUAUGUAAAACUGAAAAUUAGCCAGAACUACAUAUCCAGCUAAUAAAAAUGAGUGGUGGUCCUGAAAUGAGUGAAGCUGACCAAAUCAAAACCUUCAAAGAUUUUCUUGUACAGUACAACAAACUCUCAGAAAUGUGCUUUAAUGAUUGUGUACAUGAUUUCACAUCAAGGACUUUGAGGCCCACUGAAGAUAAAUGCACUUUGAAUUGUAUGGAGAAAUAUUUGAGAAUGAAUCAACGAGUUUCACAACGUUUUCAUGAAUUCCAAAUGAUUGCCAAUGAAAAUAUGCUUGCACUAGCACAAAAGUCUGGUAAUACAAGUUAAGUGUUUUGUUUAAUACAAAUUGUAUUUAUAUUUAUUAUGUUAGUUUUCCUUAGUGUUGACAAAUAAAUUAUGUUUACUAACU